AUGACUGUCAGAGCUCAGAAAUUCACACCAGAGGUAUUGCUCUCGGCACCGCGCCGGUCAGCAGGCGUACCCAAUGCCGACGGCUCUUCAGUUCUCUACACCACCAGCACAUACUCAUUCGAAACUCACGCUAAGACCGUCGAGUUGAGAUCUCUGGAUACUAAGACCCAGGAAAGUAGAUUGUUGCUGCAAGAUAACAGCAUCAGCGAGCCGCUAUGGUUGCCUGGCGAGAAGGAAGUAUACGCUUGCCUCAAGAGCGAGGACAAGGGCAAGACUUCCAUCCUCAUCUCCAUGAUCAUGGCUGGAUCUUCUUGGAAGGAGUCUACAUAUACUGCUGGGUCAAUUGAUGCUCCUGCGAGUAGCUUGAAGAUUACGCAACUUUCUGAGGACUCUUACGCUGUUGUUCUUGCCGCUCAAUCAUCCGCCGAUGGUUCGCUGUACAACUCCGGGACUGCUCCAAAGACGCAAUCGACUGGAAAGCUGUACAAGAGCUUGUUUGUCAGACAUUGGGACGACUACGUUACCCCGCAGAAGAACAGUCUGUGGUAUGCUACCCUGACCAAAGCCAAAGAUGGCAAGUUUGAGUUGAGCAAGUGGGUCAAUGCCUUGAAGGGUGCAGGUCUCGAGAGUCCUGUUCCACCUUUCGGAGGUACAGACAGCUUCGACGUCAGCAAAUCUGGUAUCAUCUUUGUCUCAAAGGACCCAAAGGCCAAUCCUGCUUUGAGCACCAAGUGCGAUGUUUACUACAUCGAGCUUUCCAGCUUCACCGAGGACCCCGCACCCAAGCCUUUCGAGUACACGACUAAAGGUUUCAAGGGUGCUAGUGCUUCUCCUGUGUUUCUUCCUGAUGCCAAGAAGGCUGUCUUUCUGAGCUUGUCUGGUGCUGGAUACGAAAGCGACAAGUCGCAGAUCUUCUUGGUUGAGGACCUGAAGAAGGACUCGGUCAAGCGUUUGUUCAAUCAAAAGACGGAGGGUUCACUGGACAAGAGCCCGCAGAAUCUUGUCUUCAGCCAUGACGGCAAGACACUAUAUUUCUCUGCCGAAGAUCAAGGUUAUGGUCGCAUCUUCGCCUUGACUUCAGACCCCACAAAUGGCGAAGUACUGCGCGCCCUCACAGACACUGGCUACGUGUCCGACAUACAUCCUUUAAGCAAUGGCGAUGUGUUCUACACCAGCAGCUCGCUCGUCGAUUACUCCUCUUACAGCAUCAUCGGAACCUCCAAGUCAGAGUCUCGAGCUGCGAAAUGGACACACUCAUCGUCCAAAGAUGGCUCUUCUCUUGGUUUGAAGGCCUCUCAAGUCUCGUCCAUCCGCACACCUGCUUCAGACACGACUGUGAACAAGACUGUACACUCUUGGGUGUACAAGCCUUCCAACUUCGAAGAAGGCAAGAAGUACCCACUCGCACUCCUCAUCCAUGGCGGACCUCAAGGAGCCUGGGGAGACUCCUGGUCAACAAGAUGGAACCCCGCUGUGUAUGCAGAGCAGGGCUACGUGGUUAUUACACCAAACAUCACCGGCUCCACAGGAUACGGUCAAGCCUUCACAGACGCCAUCAGAAAGGACUGGGGCGGCGCACCCUACAACGACCUCGUCAACGUCAUGGACUGGGUGGAGAAGAACAUGCCCGAAGUCGACAUGACCAGAACAGUAGCUCUCGGCGCCAGUUAUGGCGGAUACAUGGUCAACUGGCUGCAAGGUCAUGAUCUCGGCCGCAGGUUCAAAGCCUUGGUCUGCCACGAUGGCAUCUUCUCCUUCGCAGGCGGCCUUCUCGCAACAGAAGAACUCUACUUCCCCUUCCACGAUUUGGGCGGUACACCAUGGUACUCUCCAUCCGCAAACCAAACCACAGACGACGCAAAACAAGCAUUCGGCCAAACAUCCCUGGACGCAUGGAACAAGAACGAUCCCAGCCGCUACCUCGAUCACUGGCAAACGCCUCAACUCGUCAUCCACAACGAAAAAGACUAUCGUCUGUGUAUUUCUGAAGGACUUGCCGCUUUCAACGUCCUUCAAGCUCGCGGCAUCGACAGUCAAUUCCUCACUUUCCCUGAUGAGAAUCAUUGGGUUCUCGCGCCUGAGAAUAGUUUGGUUUGGCAUAAGGUUGUGUUGAAUUGGAUUAACAAGUAUGUUGGUCUUCCUGCUUAUUGCGAGGAUGACGAGGAGAGUGCAGACUUCUUUGGUGGAUUGAAGCAGGAUGGUGGAAAGACUGUUGAGAUGCCUGGGAUGGGCAAGCCUGAGACUUAG